CGAACCGAUGGAGGAUGCGCUGAGCCGCCAUGAGACCCAAUUUAACCAUUACGCAGUACCAAGCCAUCUGCGAGAGACUGCCUUGCGCAAAGUGAUGGAGAACGAUGUCACGGCGCCAUGGAUUUUGCAAGACAAUGCCGUGGUCGUGGCGGCGGAAGAGAUGGCGUCGGAAGCAGAUGUGUGGGUCCUUGACCACUUGUGGCUCUUCCAAACGGCCAAAGAUGCCGCCGACCAGCUGAAAGGAAACGAUUCGUUGCGCGAGGAAAUGCUGACCAUCUCUCGCCACUUUGCCAAGUCGUCUUCGACUAACAAAGACAUCGACUCCCUCGUCGAGUGGAUUGUCGUGCAUCUCGUGCAUUGCGCGUACAGCAUCAAGUUUGGACACACUGCUUCCGACGUAUACCAUUACGUGCUAGCGAACGUCGGCUCCAUGUUGGAAUGCGCCAAGGACAACGCAGCGAUCAACGUCCAGGUCGCGCCGCUCUACUACAUGGACGAGGGUCGGCUCGUGUCGCUCAUGUGGGCCGUCCAACCCAUCGCCAAGGGCGAUAAGCUGGUGCGGCCGCAUGCGACCAAGAUUUCACUCAUCCAGUUGGGUAAGCAAACGUACUGGGAAACUCGCUACGAAGAAGAGGACGAGUUUGAUUGGUACUGCGGCUACGAACACCUGAAGGACGUGCUCAGGCGCCACGUCCAGCCGUCGCAAACGGUGCUGUUGGCUGGCACGGGGGCUAGCACAUUGCCCAUCGACAUGAUUCGAGACGGGUUUACGAACGUGGUCGCGAUCGACUACGCCGCCAACGUUGUCGAGAAGGUCCGCGCCAAGUAUUCGUCGUCGCGUGCGAAGUUUAUCCAAGCAGACAUGACCAACAUGGAGGGCUUUGACGACGGCUCCUUUAACUGCAUCCUGGACAAGGGAUGUCUUGAUACGAUGCUCCUCGCGCCUGAAACCCAAGUCGAAUCCAACGUGUGGAAAACAGUCACGCCGGACAACGCGGCCGAGUUCAACGAGGCUUCGGCCGUCAUGCGCGAGUGCAUGCGGCUGCUGGCGCCGGAUGGCAUAUUCCUCCUGAUCUCGUACGGGAGUCCGACAAAUCGCAUCGGGCUUUUGGACUGGCCGACAGACGUGCCAGGGUUCGUGUGGGAGGUCCUGGAGUGUCUUGAGCUGAGCCCGACCAACAGCGGCAGCAUCGCCCAGCCAUUUUUCAUCUACGUCCUGCAAAAGCAGGUUGUAGGCUCGACGGAAGGAGCGGUGGACGGCCAAGAUUGAAUAAAACGUGCGAUUUUCCAAUGUUAC